AGAUAUGUGCUAAUUAGAAGACUCACUAGUGCAGUGUGGAGCAUAAAGACAGUGCCUUAUGAAAAUGGGAUUUGGGAGUGACCUGAAGAAUUCACAUGAAGCUGUGUUAAAAUUGCAAGACUGGGAAUUACGUUUAUUGGAAACAGUGAAGAAAUUUAUGGCCCUGAGAAUAAAAAGUGAUAAAGAAUAUGCAACUACUUUACAGAACCUUUGUAAUCAAGUUGAUAAGGAAAGUACUGUUCAAAUAAAUUAUGUCAGCCAAGUAUCCAAGUCUUGGCUACUUAUGAUUCAGCAGACAGAACAGCUGAGUAGAAUAAUGAAGACACAUGCAGAAGACCUAAACUCUGGACCAUUGCACAGGCUUACCAUGAUGAUCAAGGACAAACAGCAAGUGAAAAAAAGUUAUCUAGGCGUUCAUCAGCAGAUUGAGGCAGAGAUGUUCAAGGUUACAAAGACAGAAUUGGAGAAAUUAAAAUCCAGUUAUAGACAAUUAAUAAAAGAAAUGAAUUCUGCCAAAGAGAAGUAUAAAGAAGCUUUAGCUAAAGGAAAGGAGACUGAAAAGGCCAAGGAUCGAUAUGAUAAAGCCACAAUGAAGCUUCAUAUUUUGCAUAAUCAGUAUGUAUUGGCAUUGAAAGGGGCACAGCUUCAUCAGAAUCAGUAUUAUGAAACCACACUUCCUCUGCUCCUGGAUUCCUUACAGAAGAUGCAAGAAGAAAUGAUAAAAUCAUUAAAAGGUAUAUUUGAUGAAUACAGCCAGAUUACCAGUCUUGUUACAGAGGAAAUAGUGAAUGUCCAUAAAGAAAUUCAGUUGUCGGUUGAACAGAUAGAUCCUAGUACAGAAUAUGAUAAUUUCAUAGAUGUUCACAGGACAACAGCUGCUAACGAACAAGACAUUGAAUUUGAUAUUUCCUUACUAGAAGAAAAUGAAAAUCUUCAGGCAAAUGAAAUCAUGUGGAAUAAUUUAACAGCAGAAAGUUUGCAAGCAAUGCUGAAAACUUUAGAAGAAGAACUUGUGCAAACACAACAGAUGCUUUUAAACAAAGAAGAGGCUGUAUUAGAGCUAGAGAAGAGGAUUGAAGAAUGUUCUAAGGCUUAUGAAAAGAAGUCUGAUAUUGUGCUUCUGCUGAGCCAAAAACAGACACUUGAAGAGCUGAAGCAAUCAGUCCAGCAGCUGAAGUGCACUGAGGCCAAGUUUGCAGCACAGAAGGAACUAUUAGAGCAAAAAGUACAAGAAAAUGCUGGGAAAGAACCCCCUCCAGUAGUGAAUUAUGAAGAAGAUGCACGAUCAGUUACAUCAAUGGAAAGAAAGGAGAAGCUAUCUAAAUUUGAGUCUUUCCGUCAUUCAAUUGCUGGAAUAAUUAGGUCACCAAAAUCUACAUUGGGCCCUUCAUCAUUCUCAGAUGUGAUCUCCACAAGUGACAAACCCCUGGCGGAACAGGAUUGGUACCAUGGAGCAAUUCCCAGAAUAGAAGCCCAAGAUCUAUUGAAACAGCAAGGAGACUUCUUGGUGCGAGAGAGCCAUGGGAAACCUGGUGAAUAUGUCCUUUCUGUGUAUUCUGAUGGACAAAGGAGACACUUUAUCAUACAAUUUGCUGAUAAUCAAUAUAGAUUUGAAGGAAGUGGGUUUUCAAAUAUCCCUCAACUUAUAAAUCAUCACUACACAACAAAACAAGUCAUCACUAAGAAAUCAGGUGUAGUUCUGUUGAAUCCUAUUGCUAAGGACAAGAAAUGGAUUCUCAAUCAUGAAGAUGUCACAUUGGGAGAACUACUGGGCAAGGGAAAUUUUGGUGAAGUGUACAGGGGCAUAUUAAAGGAUAAAACUGCUGUUGCUGUUAAAACUUGUAAAGAAGAUCUUCCUCAGGAGUUGAAAAUAAAAUUUUUACAAGAAGCCAAAAUUCUCAAACAAUAUGACCAUCCCAAUAUUGUUAAACUUAUAGGAGUUUGUACACAAAGACAACCUAUCUACAUCAUCAUGGAACUGAUUCCGGGAGGUGAUUUCCUCUCUUACCUGAGAAAGAAGAAGGAUGAGCUGAAAAUCAAACAGUUAGUGAAAUUUUCAUUAGAUGCUGCUUCUGGAAUGGCAUAUCUUGAGAGUAAAAACUGUAUACACAGGGACCUUGCUGCAAGAAAUUGCCUGGUAAGUGAAAAUAAUCUCCUGAAAAUCAGUGACUUUGGAAUGUCUCGUCAAGAAGAUGGUGGAGUCUAUUCAUCUUCUGGCCUAAAGCAGAUACCCAUUAAAUGGACAGCACCAGAAGCUCUCAAUUAUGGGAGAUACAGUUCUGAGAGUGAUGCGUGGAGCUUUGGUAUCCUCCUCUGGGAGACCUUCAGCUUAGGAGUGUGUCCAUACCCUGGAAUGACCAAUCAGCAGGCUCGAGAACAAGUGGAAAGAGGAUACCGAAUGUCAGCCCCUCAGAAUUGUCCAGAUGAUAUUUUCAAAAUAAUGAUGAAGUGUUGGGAUUAUAAGCCUGAAAACCGCCCCAAAUUCACCGAUCUUCAGAAAGAGCUGGCUGCCAUCAAGAAGAAGAUCUCACAAGGAUAAAGCACUGCCCGAGUCAGCAUUCGGCACUGUGUCUCCGGCAGAGUCGUAGUGUUCUUCCUGACAAUGCAUUUAUACCACAUCACCU